AUAACAUGUAUUCAGGCUAAUAUUUAUUCUUGCAGCUUAGUCUAUGAAUCAUUCGGUCACCGUGUUGAUGGCAUAGGUUUUCUUUAAUAUUUUUCUUCUAGGUCUUACAGUUUUCAAGAAAGAGGGCUUAUAACUAAUUUUUCGACUCGCACAUGAUUCAAACCAACAAUGGUACGCCAUAAAGCGCAACGUGUUUCUGCAAAGCCCAGGACAAAAGAUAUCGAGAUUGCCGAUGACACUGAUUUUAAAUCUAUGCUUCUCCCUCCACCAAUUUUAAAGGGACUUAAGCAAUCUGGAUACAUAAGACCGUCACCAAUCCAGAAGAAGGCCCUUCCUUUAGUAAGAUGUGGCCUCGAUCUAAUUGUGCAGGCCAAGGCAGGCACAGGAAAGACUUGUGUGUUUACUAUAGCCGUGCUAGAAAUGGUGAAACCCAACCUUCCACAUUUGCAAGCGAUAGUAUUGGCUCCGACAAGGGAAAUAGCUUUGCAGAUUACCAGCGUCAUCAAUGCCAUAGGGCAGUGUGUUGAAGGGCUUAAGACAAGCUGUUUCAUCGGAGGUUAUCCUCUCAGUGUGGACGUAGACAAAGUGAAAGGAUGUCAGGUGGCGGUGGCAGCGCCUGGCCGACUGAAACAUCUGCUGGAGAAGGGACUGCUCAACCCUCGACACGUUCGACUGUUGGUGCUUGAUGAGGCUGACAAGCUCAUGGAGAAGGUGUUUGCCAAGGAUAUCAAUGAGAUAUUCAACCAGCUGCCAGAGAGUAAGCAGGUGAUUGCGUGUAGCGCUACCUACACGGAUCAGCUGGUCAAGUUCCUCAGUGACUACAUGAACUCAGGUCAAUAUGUCACUCCGCAGCAGAUGGACGGCUCCACCAUACUGCUGGGCGUGAGGCAGUUUGUCAGUGUAGUUCCUAGACAUGUCAACAGAUUAGCACAACUCAAAAUAAAAGAGAAGAACCUUCUUUAUUUGUUGCGGUCCAUAUCUUUUGACCAGUGCCUUAUCUUCUCCAACUUAAGUACCAGGGCUGUGAGCCUGUGCAACCUACUGAGGAAGGAGGGGUGGGGAGUGGAGUGGAUUGCUGGUCGACAGCCGCAGGAGGACCGAGUGGCAGCCCUGACUCAGCUGAGGGAUCAGCGAGUGAGAGUGUUGGUCACGACGGACCUGACGGCUCGUGGGAUCGACAUCGAGAACGUUAACUUGGUCAUCAACCUGGACCUGCCGCUGGACCAUCACACGUACCUGCACCGCAUGGGUCGCGCCGGCCGCUACGGCUCGCAUGGUAUCACGAUCACAGUGGUGUCCGAGGGUCCAGAGCUGGCUGCCUUCCAGAAACUAAUCGGGAACAUCGGAGGAACUACUCUAACAGUCAACCGUGUUCCUCAACACCUGAACAAUAUCGAUCUUUGGAAAAUACCAAAUGACAAGUUUGAAAAAGUCUGUGGUAUUGUCGACAUCAAGCCUUCAAUACAUCCCGAAAAGGUAGGAGAUAGUUCAACGAAUACAGGGGAAACAAAUUCUUCUCUGAGUGCUGAUAGUGAGGAUAUAGGAAUCAGUUCAGCAAGUACUGCUGAAAAGAAUUCUCCCGAAAGUAGUGAUUUUGUCGAUUCAGACAGUUCAACGAGUACCGCUGAAAAAAUAUCCCCUGAGAGUGAUAGUGAGGAUUCCAUAAAGGAAAAUAAGGGGGAAGAUAAUGCCUCGGGUGCAGGAAACAAGUAUUUGCUUGAAUAUAGGAAGGAUUGUAACGAAAAACAUAGUAUGAGUAAAGUUGUGACUGCUGAAAACAGUUACUCUGAAAAGAAUUCCUGUGAAAGCAGUGAUGAUGAAGAUUGUGUCAAAGUGCUUAGCAAUGGUGCUACUAAUGGUGAAAAGAAUUCUCCGGAAAGCAGUGAUAGUGAAGAUUAUGUUAAAGAGUUUAAUGAAAACACUAGUACAAUUGAUGGUGAAACAAAUUCUCCUGAAAGCAGUGAUAGUGAGGAUUAUGUUAAAGAAUAUAUUGGAAAUGGCGAGAAGAAUUCUCCGGAAAGCAGUGAGGGUGAAGAUAAUUUAAAAGAAUCUAAAGGAGGCAACGGUGCCACUAUCAGUGAAAAUUAUUCUAUUAAAAGCUCUUGUAUUGAUGAUUUUAUUAAAGGAUGCAAUGGCGAAAUAAUCGUCAGGCAGAUAAAAAAUGCCAUUGACCUGACAGGAAAAGUACCUAAUGUGACAGAAGACUCAGUUAGUCCUAAUGAUAUGCAAUGUAAGAAAUCUAAAGGACUUUCUGCAGAAACCAUUUCUCUAACCUCUAAUCACAGCACUAGCACUGAUGAAAAGUGCUCUCCAAAAAGUAGUGAUGAUGAAUUGUGUGCAAAUAGUUGUCUCAAAGAUAAAUCUAUUUUCUUGGAAAAUUUGCGUAUACGUGAUUUUUACAAAAUCGAUAGUGAUGACAUAAAAGUUAUUGCAGGGCCAUCUCUAUUUGCUUUGAAAAUGCAAGAACAUUGGCGGGAGGUUUUGCCAGUGGUGGUGAAUGAGUUCAAAGUUCCUUUAAAUACACCAAUAGCUUCAUUGGAUUCUAAGCUCAUCAGGGUCAGAUAUUGGGACAAGAGCCAAAAGUACGGUGGUAUUAAAAUGUAUACUACUUCCAAUGAAGUGCCAUUGAUAAAUUUUGAAGAGAAGAAAGAAGAUAAGGCGUUCCUGAACUUUCAAGAUAUUGUAUCUGGUUUAGAGGGGGGAUUAAAAGUUGAUGAAAAGUCGGAAGAUAAUGCUGUUAGUACAGAUAAGCCGUUGUUGAGCUACGAAAGUAUUGAAGCUUAUUUAGAAAGUGGAUUUCCUAAAGUCCCAAAAGAAGUUUCAGAAAAAUGUGAAGAAAUUGACCAAGUACUUGCAAAAUAUAUUGAAAUAAAAAAUAGUUCAGAAAGUGCUCUAAUUUAUUUUGAUAGUUUUGACCUAGUUGGAUGGUUGGCAGUAGAUGGACUACACAAUGUUGUUGAAGAGAUAAACAUUAAUAAUUGUGAUGUUUAUGAGUUCAAAUCAGUUAUUUGUCCUUCUGGCGAAAAUCACAUUGAAGUUUUGUCUUUACUUAAAGGGUCUAGUAAGGAAAUGAAUGAUUACAUAGAUUGUUUUACCACACUUAGUGUUGAAAACCUUUCAUUAGCAAACCUAUCUUUGCCAAACAUUGUACAGAAAUUGAAACAAACUCAGUCAACAUGUUCAUGUAGAUUACUUUGUGGUUCUGACUUCCAAGCAGAUCGUCAAGAAGUACCCAUUAUCAGUAGUGAUGGUAAUAAGUCUACAAUGAAUGUCAAUGUAGUUUGUCAAACUAAAAAUGAGUCAGAAAGCAAAAGUACAGCAACUUCUUGUAGAAACUCAAGAAACCAUCCAACGAAGGGGAGGAGAUCCAAGUCAGCAUCUAGAAACCGCAAGAAGAAAAAAUCAUUUUCCGAACACACAAAUUUGGAAAACAUAGCACAAAGGAGUAAAGAUGCCAAGAAACCAGAUUUACAGAUCAAUGUUACUGGCAAACAAUCAGACCAAUCAGAUAAUAGUGAUAAUUCUGGUAUUUAUGUAGAUAUGAAUUGGAAAUCUUCCAAGAAGAUCGCCCAUGCAAAUGAAGACGAAAAGACUGUUACUUGUGAUACCGUUUUACUUGGAGCCAAACCUAAAAAAAAUCAACAGCCCAACCCAAAAAUUAAAGGUGUGAAGUACCAAAAUGGUUUUGAUGAUAGCCCUCGGAAACAUAGAAAUUCUGAUGACAGUUAUGAUAGUUGUGAUUCAAUUGAUUAUGAAACUACAGAUUUAGACAAGAAUCUUUCUUGCAAAAAUCCCAGUGAAGCAAAAAGAAAACAUCAUCUUGUAAAGCACCAAACUUCUUCUAAAGAUGCCUUUGUGGAAUCAUAUAAUAACCAUACAUUACACAACCAAAGAUUAGAGAGCCCUCACGUUUUGCACCACAAAAGGCAACCUGUUGAAUCCCGCAAUAAACAUGUAAAUAAAUCUCAAAAUGUAUACUUAUCAACUGAAUAUGAAACUGGCUCACCUUCUUUCAGAUCACUUUCAGCCACUUCAGCUGAAGAAGAUAGCAAGAGAAACACUAAAUAUCAUGAAGACAAGCACAAAACAUCACAGCACAAUCCUCAAAGUAGAAAGAAUGAAUCUUUUGACAGCAUCAGUUCCAUUGAAUUAGAAAUUUCUAAGUUAAGAGAACUCAAUGCAAUACACAACAGCAAAUUUAAAGCCAUGAAAAAGCAACAUGAUAGACACAAUCGGGUUUUGAAUGAGUCUGAUGAAGGCUCGGAAGAAUCAGGCGCAACCAAUCAUCAUUCAUUCCAAACGGCCUGCUCUCAACAUUGUAGUGAAGAUAUUGAUAGUUCCUAUGAAGAUAUGAAGUCCAAUAGACACAUUCACUCAAGCAGCAACGUUGAUGAAAACCAUUUAGAAAUUCAUAGUCAGAUGAAUAAUAAGCCUAGGUCAAAAAGAUAUUCUCACAAAGAAAAUAGCCAACAGAGAAGAAAAAGACAUGAUCAAAUGUAUCUUCAAGAUCAAGAACUUCCUCAAAAUGUGUAUACCCAGCAUGCUGACCAAUGUGAAAAUCAUGAGUUCGCUCAGGCCAACCAAGACAGUCAUUUGCAAGCUCAAUCUCAAGACCUUCCUCAUUCUCAUGGAAGUGGUUCAUCAAGACUAAAGGGUGAGAAUUUACAUGAAAUGUGGUAUAAAGAUUGGUAUCUGCGAGUCCGCCAAAGAGCAAUCCAACUUGCAAUGAUGGAGUACACCAAUAGUAUGUCUUCAAUGUAGAAAAAUCCAUCCUUCAAAAAUGUUGUGGUCAGUGCCAAGGCAUUUUUAUUAUUUAUUUGUCCUUUACUGACUAAACUUUUCUGAUCCUAGUCACUUAAUCAUUUUCAGUGCUUGGCAUUUUGCCUUCUCAUUAGAACCAGGCUUAGGUAUGAUGGAUUUUCUUACGAUGAGUUUUAAAGUGUUAUUGUAUGAAUUUAAAAAUGUCUUUUUGUUGCUCUCUGUUUUUUAUUCAUGUGAAACAUUCUCUUAUUAGUUAGACCACAUUUCCUAAUACAACUAUCUGAUCGAGGCUGUGAAAAGAGUAUUCAGUAAUUGCCAUAAGUUUGUUAUGAUUUUAAUACAACAAAAUUGGAUACCUUAUUUUAACUCAUCUUUUAAGUUUUUAAAUUUACAAUAGCUAAAAUAUUAUUAAUUCAAAUAAGUCAUAUAGUUAAAACGCAAUAUAUAGAACGAUUUCAUGUACUUAUGUUUCAGUCCAAGUUUGUUGUUGUACCUUUGACAAUUAAUUGUUAGUCUAUUUUUGACUUUUGUAAAUAUGGUACAUGUGACCUGAUAUGUUUUGCUUACAAUUAAACCUGUAAUGUAUUGUGAUACUUUUGUAGUUGUGUAAAGAAAAAAUAGUUUGAAUAAAAAAGUAAUUAAAUUUA